GAACUCACAUACUAAAGAGCUUGCAUACUAAUGUAUGCAUAAUUAACUUCAAGGAGAGAUAUUGUCUUUAAAGGCUUUAUAUUGUCAUACUGACAUGCAGUUUUUGUUUUAAGAAGAUAAACUGCCUCAAAGGACAUUCCUCCUUGCAUUGCUGCUGUGUUUGUAAAACUAAAGGGUUGUUUUUUCAAAGGCCUCUGCAUUUUAAGAGUUGUUUGUUUCCCCUGUGGACGAUGAGGCCAACCCUUUCUUCAGCCAUGGCAGCAGUUCUGCCUCUGCUGUAUGCUCUGAUGCUCUGCGUUGCCACGGCGACCGUGACUCUGCCCUCAGAGCGUCGCCUGGCAGCCAACGGGAGCCCCAUGCUGGUUCUGCUCCGGGGCCUUGGCAGCAAGCCCCUCCCAAUCCCCCCGCCCCCCGCCGGACCCCCCGGUUGGGCCAAGGAGGCGGCGGCCAUGGCUAUGGAGCCCAAGGGCGCUGAGAUCCUGCCCAAGCCGCUUCCGCAGAUCAUGCCCCGCAACCUGACGGACGCCAUGAAGCCACCGCUCGGGGCGGCCCAGGUGGCGCCGCCGGAGAAGCUGGUCAACAUGGACGUGUGCCGUGGCUACUACGACGUCAUGGGCCAGUACGACCUGACCUUCAACUGCUCCAAGGGCACGUUCAUCUACUGCUGCGGCACCUGCCACUACCGCUUCUGCUGCGAGCACUCGCGCAACCGCCUCGACCAGGACUCCUGCACCAACUACAACACGCCCGACUGGGCCAACACGCAUGUCUCCACCACGCCGCCCCCCGGCUGGGGGCCUGGCCCGACCUUUGACCCCGUGCGGACGCAGAGCAACACGGCGUACGUGAUCGGUGGCGUGCUGUCCUUCACACUGGCCGCUGCUGUGGGCAUGAAGGUGGUGUUCCACAAGAUGUCCCGCCGGCCACAUAACAGGGAGAUCAACAUGCCCAGGGCUCUGGUGGACAUCCUGCGGCAUCAGUCCAGUCCUGUCCAGCAGGGGGAGCGGAACAACAGCACCAUCCUCACCACGGCCACCAGCGGCGAGGGCAAGCUCGGACGCCCGCCCAAGAAGCUCUACACACCUGUGCUGCCAAGCAAGGACAACCGCCUUGGAAACGUCCAACACAAUUUGGGCGGCCUGUCUGGGUCCAGCCCCAAACAUACGGCUACUAUUGAGCGCGCUCCCCGCAUGAACAACGUCCAGCUGGCCCCGACGGGCACGCUGCUGUCCAGCAAGCACGGCAGCAUGGGCCGGCCGCCCUCCUCGCUCUCACACUCCUUCCACAACCUGGCCCAGCUGCCCCCGUCCUACGAAGUGGCCAUGAGACCGGAUAUCAGUCGCUACUGCUCCCUCAAGAGGCUGGAGAAAGACCUGGAAGACUACAGUACUAUGGGCUACAGUACCUCUAAAAGGCGGCCCAACAAUAUGCCCCCAUCCUUUCACUCCUCUCAGCAUCAUCUACACUGGGGUGGCGACUACACCCUCGGAGCCCGGGGCACUCUCCCCCUGCACUCCUCCCGCUCUCGCAUCCACCUACCGGCCACACCCAACCCGUACCCUCUGCCCCCUUCCCAAUCAGCGUACCACCCUGGUAUGGAGCCUCUGUCCCACCCCCCGCGCCGGGUCAUGUCCCAGGACCAGCUGCUGAUGCUGGGGGAGGGCAACACGCUCUCCCGCCUGUCCAAGAACCAGCAGCACCAAUACUACAAAGCCAUGACCACCAGCAAGAGCUCCACCGGCAGCACACUGCGCCGGUCUCACGAGCGGCUCCUGGUGUCGCCCGACCGGUUGGACGAGCGGGUCAGGAUGCCGACGGAUUUCGGCAUGCCGCCGACCUUGCCGCGUCUCACCAGCCACCAGAAGGCCCAGUCGCAGCAGAACGUGUGCGUCACGCCGUCCAUGGACCGCCACCACAUGAUCAAGAUGAACUCCCACCCGUCGUCUGGCCGCGAUAUGGAGCGCAGCCACCCCACGGGGGGAACCAUGGGCUGGGCCGAGAGUGGACACGGCUCUAGUGGAGGUGGAGGGGGGACUUUGGGCCACAAUGCCAGGCGGAUGGCCUUCGCCACCAAGCGCCAGAACACCAUCGAACAACUCCACUACAUCCCUGUGGUGGGUGGCGGGGGAAACGCAGGCCAGUCACUCAGAACAGGGAGCAAAAACGAAGUCACCGUGUGAGACAAAGGCACAGAGAGACAGAGAGAGAGAGAGAGAAAGAGAGAGAGGCAGAAAAGAGAAAGAGGAUUGAUUUCAGAAUGUAUACUUUUUCAAAACAAAGAAAGGGUGGUCUGAAUAUUAUGCUCGACUCAAGUGAGGAUAGCAUGACAGAGAGAGGGAAAAGUGAAGUAAAAGAGCGCUGAGCUAACCUGUUGGAUAAAAGUGACGGAGACAGUCAGAGUGUCUCUCCUUGAAAAAUGAUGAAUGGGGAAGAAAAGAGAUUCCUUGUCCCAACGUUCCUCUGUAUCCAUGUUUGGGAGAUUAAAUAUGAGAUAAUUAUGACUCAGAGGCCAUAGAUUUUCUCCAUGUAGCCUAUGUAUAAUAAGCAUAUGAAACUACUAUGAAACAUCCUUACUUACAUACAUAUUUGAUAGGAGUUAUGAAAAGGGUUGCAAUGAAGCACCCAGGUUUGAGAAAAACAACGGUCUUGUUAAAGGAAGCAGAAAUAAUCAUCCAUAUUUGGAGAUAUCCAUUGUGUUAUUUGUGGAACCCAGUGGUGUUUUGAGUAAAUAAGCUUGACAUUGUUGUUUGGCAGCGCAGGAACUUGCAGUUUAAUCUGAAGUUGUGCUUCGUUCCAGAUGAUGCUCUGAAUCUGAAUGAGAGAGAGUGAGAGUGAUUCAUAGUCUUUAUGGAAUCCUCUGCCAGAUGAAACGAUUCAUAAUUGGCUUGCAAUGAGAUGACGUACAAAGAUGAAAAAAAAAAACUACAAAUUUUGAUCAAUAGCAAAGGCCCUUUGAUAUGGUGCUGGUGUGUUUACGUUCCAUAGAUGGGAAAGAGACCGUAAACACUUGAAUAAUUAGUCAGUCCAUUCCUGGCAUGUAACUGAAUAAUGGCAUAAAUGUACCUAUAAGGCAUUUUUCAUCACAGCUCUAACUGAGUUUGUUUUAUACAAAAUUACUUGGUAAAAUUUUUUUUAAUAGGACUUGAGCUACCCUUUUCCUGACAAUGUCUAGCACAGUUUUUGCCAGUGCUUUGGUAGUGUUCAAUAUGUGAUUCCAUAUAGACCCUUUCAAGAGAGUUCCAUUAUCAGCAUCAUAGUUGGCCCCACAAGACUUCCUUUGUAACAUUCCAUAUGUUAUCUUAAUGCAGAGGAAGUAGAUUGGGGCCCAAAUAGAACGUUCAAGCAUUGUUUUUGUUUUUAUUGUUGAAAGGGUCUAUAGCCCUGCUUUGUUAUUAUGGUAGCAUGGAAAUACCAGCUCUCAUUGGAUUAUUCAGAAGUAGGCCCAAGUGCCCGGGAUGGAAAUUUAGAGUACCCUUGUCUAGACAUACAUUAAGUAACAGAGGCCCAGAGACAAAUAGCAGAGAUAACAGGAUGAACACAUACGGCGGGUGUGCUUUCUGUAGUGUAGUGACUUGUUUCAGGGCUUAUAGCUUGGUGUGCAUUUUCAUUGGUUGCGCAGGGGGGAAAGAGAGGGUGCAGUGGGCUUUUUCAGAUGCAACGCCGAGCUGGAGAGGCCCUAAGGAGCCUGUGGCCGGUCACAUCUGAUAUGCCUGCUCUGGUCAGGUGCUGGGGCACAAGGCCGGCAUGUCCUCAACAACAUGAGAACUAUGUGCGGGGGAAGGGCAACGUGUGCGUGUGUAUGUGUGGGUAUGUGUGAGUGUGUGUGCCUGUCUGAUGGACUCUUUUACUCCAAGGGCUACUCUGAGGUCUCUGUAUUUGUGUACGUCCGUAUACUUCAUGUUAUGCCCUCUAUUUGUUUGCAAUGUCACAAUUUAUGAUGUGUCAUGGUAAAGGGUAUGUAUUUGCCUUUCCACGAGUCUAUAAAAGAGGGUGAUGAACCAAACAAAUUCUGCAAAGCUUCUUUAUUGUGGUCCUGUGAUUUUGAACUUCAAUUCUAGAGACACCCUUUCUAUGUUGUUUACAUGGCUGGGAGAGAAACACGUGUGAUCUCACAUUUUUCUGUAAAUCUGACUCUGCAAACUUUUUUUUCCCAUUCAUCUAUCUUUUGUCAUCAGAUGGCGGAAACUUCCCAGUUCACAUGGAACUGCUUUUAACAAUGUUAUCUGAAGAGUUAAGACAACACUUAUUUUUUUCCCUUGUCUUUCCACAUAAAAUUGUCUUAGGAGUGUUAUGUUUUAUCAAUGUUUUGACAGAAUCCUGACAAACUUGGAUUAUAAAUGCUGUUUAUUUAUGUUGAUGACCUUUGGAUUCUAGCUCAUUAUUACCAUAACUCUUUCUUAUCUAUUUUUGUUUAUUUGUCUUUAAUUUCAUUGGCGUUCCCUACAUUCUAAAUAUUUAGUUUUGGUGGAAUUUAAACAUUUGUAUUGUUGACUUUUUAAAAAUUCAGAUGCAGUUAUAUUGAAAAGACAAGACAGCAUGUGAAGAUGUCAAAGACAGUAUUGACAAUGUCAUCGUGCUGACUUAAGAUGUCAUGGUGUGUAUGUGUCCUGUGCGUGCAUCUGUGUUUGUGUGUCUGUGUGUAUUCCUGUGUCUGUUUCAAGAGAGUUGAAUCUCAUUUGACCUGACAGCUUUGUUAUGGCGUCAGAGAAAUGUGCUUUUUAGGAAAAUCCACAGUAUGUUACAAAUUGAUUUAUCUCUCUGUAGCUUCUUGAUUUUUAGGACUCCCAACCUUAUUUAAGAAUAAAUAUGUGCAAGAUUUCACAUAUGGGCUAAAUAAGGCUAAACUACACUGUAGUUUCCAAUAUGUUUCGGUAGAAGCAAAUGAUAAUGAUAUGACAGCCACAUUUUGGGAGAUACAAAUCCUAUUUAUUGUGAUAUUAACAUGUUGUGUGCGAUCCAACAUUGACAAAGGUGUUCUAGAAAUCCAAUCUCAUUUUAAAAUGAGAAGUUAUUUUGAAAUCUUUUUUAAAACACAAAUGUUGGGCUGAGAAGUUGAAAGCAAUGUUUCAGAGUAUGAAGGGCCAGUCAUUUUUAAAGAUAUAAUCUUCUCUUGGAUUUGAAAAGAGACAGCCUAUUGUUAUUGUGUAGCUAUAUUAAGUUGCUUAUACUUAACCCUGGCUUUGUGUGCCUGUUAAUGUCAGGGAAGUCUAACCGUAUGUAUGUGUGACUGAGUGACUGCAUACUCAAAUGAGUGCCAAAGUUACAUAUUUUGUGAGUGGCUUCGGCUGCCCCCAAAUAGGCCUAUUGUGUUCCCCCAUGAUGAGCAUGACAUUUUGAUAAAGACUGAACUACAAAUCUUUAACAUUAAGGGCUUUACUGGCCCUGGAGGAGUGAGACAUUAAUUUGCAUACCUCGGAAAUUUGUGUAUUUGUUACAAAAGAUAAACCCAAUUCCUUUGUUUCGACAAAUUGAAAUAAUUCCAGUUAUCAGUGGUAUCCUACCUUUGUAGAAUAAUGUUAAUUAAUGAUAACAAUAACAAUAAAAAAAAUACAAUGAGUGAACUGCUUUAUGUGUGUUUGUGAUGAAAAGUUAAUCACAAUUUUGUAAAGCAGGCUAAAAAAUAAAAAAGCCUAGCUCUAUUGGUCUGGGCAAAUAGCCUGGGUAACACAUUGAAACUAUUUAGGAUAGAUAUCCUAAUUUAAGUCUUUGACUAUACU